GCAACAUAAAAACGACGUCUUCCAAGCUCGAUUCGGCUUGCGGAGUUCUAAUUUUUGGCCGCCGUACCGAACAGCCGGGCACCAACCUGUGCUCCCCUGUUGGAGCGACGACAGCGACGCGACCCGCCCGUAUAAACCCACGCCGCCCGUCGCCCCCGCAAGCCCACCCACGGAUUUCCGCUCGGAGAAAGGAGGCCUUUUGUUUUGUAGUACCGUCUUUUCGGAGGAUCUCUGUGAUGGCGGCGGCGCCGGCGCCGGCGACCCUGCCGGCGGCCGUCGCGGGGUGGUGGGAGCACGUGAACGGCUCGCCGGCGUGGCAGGACGGGAUCUUCUGCUCCCUCGCCGUCCUCUACGGCCUCGUCGCCGCAUCCUCCUUCAUCCAAGUUGCCAGAAUACAGCACAGAGUUCCUGAAUAUGGAUGGACAACGCAAAAGGUCUUCCAGUUCCUGAAUUUCUUAGUCAAUGGGGCCAGAUGUUCUAUCUUUGCUUUCCGUCGCCAAGUGCAACAAGUGGACCCUCCGAUCUUUCAGCAUGUUAUUCUUGAUCUUCCGGGGCUUGCAUUCUUCACUACUUAUGCAAUGCUUGCACUUUUCUGGGCUGAGAUACUUUAUCAAGCGCGUGGUCUAAUAACUGAUGGACUUCGAUCAGGUUUCUACACCAUUAAUAGUGUAGUUUACGUGUUGCAGGGUUUUCUGUGGCUAUGUUUGUGGUGGAAUCCAAAUCAUUAUAUGCUAGUUCUAUCGAAGUUAUUCAUUGUAGGUCUUUCCUUUUUCACUGCCCUGGGUUUUCUGCUAUAUGGAGGAAGGCUUUUCUUCAUGCUGAAACAUUUUCCCAUUGAGUCAAAAGGGAGGCAACAAAAGCUGCGAGAGGUUGGUAGAGUCGCCACCAUAUGUUUCUGUUGUUUCUUGGCACGAUGCGUAAUGAUGUGUUUCAACGCGUUUGACAAAGAAGCUGACCUCGAUGUUCUUGAUCAUCCAAUCCUGAAUUUCUUCUAUUACCUGCUUGUCGAAAUUCUUCCUUCAUCUCUUGUCCUGUACAUUUUGAGGAGGAUCCCAGCGAAGCUACGGCUGUCGCAGUAUCAUCCCCUCAGUAGCGGCUAAAGAUGAAGCACUGUCAUGUUUUAAGCUGAAGUAUGGUGAGACUACUGCGGAGUCAUGCCAAUGCAACUCCAACAUGCUCAAAGGCCAGCACUGAUCGCCUGUAGCUAACCUUGGUAGUUCAAGGUGCUGAUUUCAUGCAAUUAAUUGUUUCGUAAUGAUAUUGAAAUCAUGCAUCCUGAGCAGGCUGCAGGCCAAGUUUCUUGUGAAGCAGUAACCGGAAAGAACUGAGAUUGUGAACAGAGUUGCUAAAUUCAGAACGUGUAGAUGAUGCAGACGGAAAACAAUUGCUAAAUACUGUGGCAUAUUUAUCCAUCAACUCUGUUGGUGCCGUUGAUACGUGAUCAAACGGCUAUAACCUUCAGAGGAAAUUUGAAGGGUAACGGAUGGGAAAUGGGAUCUUGAUAGGAUUUGAUGCU